GUGUGUGUGUGUGUGUGUGUGUGUGUGUGUGUGUGUGUGUGUGUUUGUGAGUGCAGAGAGCCUGGGUGCUUCGAGCUUUUCCACCACGUUAUCAUCAUGCUGACACUGCCAUUGAGACAUUUAGUCAGGCCUCUGUGCCAGCGUGUGAGCGUGUGUCUAAGAGGACAACACUCUGCAGCAGCACGGGCACCUGAUCAUGAGCGGCCAUGGACCGGGCAGGACAGCCUGGCGCAGGACGAUCCCGAGAUGUGGGACCUGCUGCAGAAAGAGAAAGACAGACAGUGUCGUGGGCUGGAACUCAUUGCUUCAGAGAAUUUCUGCAGUCGAGCAGCACUAGAGGCCCAGGGCUCCUGCCUCAAUAAUAAGUAUUCAGAAGGAUACCCAGGAAAGAGGUAUUAUGGUGGUGCAGAGGUAGUGGAUCAGAUCGAGUUGCUGUGUCAGAAGCGUGCUCUCACUGCAUUUGAUCUGGACCCGGCUCUCUGGGGAGUCAACGUUCAGCCGUACUCGGGCUCUCCAGCUAACUUUGCCGCCUACACGGCCGUGCUGAAACCCCACGAGCGUAUCAUGGGUCUGGACCUGCCUGACGGAGGACACCUCACACAUGGCUACAUGUCUGAUGUGAAGCGAAUCUCUGCUACUUCAAUCUACUUUGAGUCUAUGCCCUACAAACUCAAUCCUAAAACAGGUCUGAUAGACUAUGACCAGAUGGAGCUGACUGCGAAGCUGUUUCGGCCGAGGCUGAUCAUCGCCGGCACCAGUGCUUAUGCCCGCCUCAUCGACUACGCUCGCAUCAAGAAGCUGUGUACAGAGUUAAAUGCAUACCUGCUGGCAGAUAUGGCCCACAUUAGUGGUCUUGUGGCUGCUAAAGCUGUUCCCUCUCCGUUUGAGCAUGCUGACCUCGUCACCACAACCACACACAAAUCCCUCAGAGGAGCCAGAGCCGGACUGAUAUUCUACCGUAAAGGCAUCCGCUCUGUGGAUAAAAAAGGUGCUCAGGUGAUGUAUGACCUUGAGGACAAGGUCAACUUCGCUGUCUUCCCCUCUCUCCAGGGAGGUCCCCAUAAUCACGCAAUCGCAGGGGUCGCUGUGGCUCUGAGACAGGCCAACACCCCAAUGUUUAGAGAAUACAUUGCACAGGUGAUGAAGAACGCAAAAGCCAUGGCUGAUGCAUUGCUGAAAAAAGGAUACACUCUUGUGUCAGGUGGGACUGAUAAUCACCUGGUGCUGGUAGAUUUGAGACCACAGGGAAUGGAUGGAGCACGUGCCGAAAGGGUUUUAGAGCUGGCCUCCAUUACAGCCAACAAAAACACCUGCCCCGGGGACAAGAGCGCACUCACACCCGGAGGCCUGCGACUGGGUGCCCCGGCUCUGACCUCUCGGCGGUUUAAAGAGGCAGACUUUGAGCGUGUUGUGGACUUCUUGGACGAAGGCUUCAAAAUCGCUCUGGAUGUCAAAAAAAAGACUAAGAAAUUAGCGGAGUUUAAGAGCUUUCUACUGGAGGACCCCGAGACUGUUGCACGGAUCGGUGAGCUGCGCAGUCAGGUCGAGGCGUUCGCCCGGCCGUUCCCCAUGCCAGGCUUCUCCGACCACUAGCCCAAAGCCGAGACUCAGAACCGGGUGAAGCUCCACAUCCAUCUAGGAGCCUUUCAGCUAAUUGCAGCAGAGUAAACAGUGAGAAAUGGGAUAGAACUUUUAUCCUAUUUAAUAAGAGCCUUUGUUGAUCAGGCUUCUUGUUGGAACGCAUAAUGUGAAAUGUUGCUGCUCGAGUAGCUUCGUCACUGCACAGAAUUCUGAAUCUAAGAACAAAAUGUUUUUUUUUCCCCCUGAAAUGUAAAAGUCUUAAUGAGCUCAGUAGUGCAAAUAGACCGUCCACAAACAGUAUUUUUUUAACGUUGCAGCUUUGUUGUGAUGUAUAACAAUAACUGAUGUGUGAUUAGUUUUGGAUGCCCACACAUUUUGAUUUUCAUUUUUAAGUGAUGAAUCAAGGGCCUGAAAAUAUUGAGGCUUAAAUCCAAAUCCAAACUGAACAGGUGUGCUAUCAGACUGUUCAAAUAUGUUCAGUAACAGUGUGGCUUGUAGAACACAAUCAGCUCUAAUUCUAUAUCAGUGACAGUUUUACUCCUGGAUGAAACUAAUUCGUAACUUGCGUUAAUAUUUAUAUGAAUUAACAAUACUUAUGAGAGCUCGCUUGAUAAUAUUUGAUGGAUCGUUGUGUUGCAAUGACGCUCAAUGUUUACAAAUAAUUCUUAAUUGUUAACUGCAGAAGAGAUUUCAACCACACAUCAGGCUAUACGUCAGCAUGGACCAUUCUCUGUCGCAAGUUAACUACUGCUGCUGUGAAAACAAAACUAAACAAAAAUUCCACUCAGUGGUUAAACGCAAUAAAGAGUCUUAUAGAGUAUAUUACAGAACGUCUGGAGGCUUAGCUCGUAGAGGCUGGGGUCAAGUAGUGCCAAGUUCUUUAACAUUGCAGUGUUACCAAAUAUGUAUUAAUUGUAACCUUUCCUUGUUAACUUAAAGUGGUUAUAACUGGACGACCUUUUUAAACAUCUGACCAACUGUAUCCUGUCCUUGUCGCAACUUUGCCCUGUUUACAUGACUCAUUCUCCAGCAUUCUGUUCAUCAAACCUUUUUAUCUGUAAAGUUUUUCAAGUAGACAUUUACAAAGUGAUUUUUUACAACUAAUCCCAAUAAAUUUGAGCAUUGACUAAACUA